GGGCCCGGGGCUGCGGUGCCUUCCUGGGGCUCCCUGGGGCUCCCUGAGGCUUCCUGCGGCCGGGAGGGCUCCCCCCGCCUCGGCCGGCCCCGGGGCGGUCGGUGCCGGGGCCGGCGGCGCGGGGCCCGGCCGGGCGGUUCCCCUGUGCCCCCGGUGACAGUCGGAAGUGGCGGCGAGGCUCGGUUCGCCCCGCCGCUCGGGAGUGCCGAGCGCCUGGAGGAGUGGGCGGGAAUGCGGCCGGGCCGGGGCCCGCGUCCUAAAGCGAGGCGCAGCGCGCGUCCAGCACUUCUGUUUUUGAGACUCUGCGCUGUUUAAUGUGCGCUGGGUUUGCCCUAGAAAGAGGUGGUUUAGAAUGGGUACAUUAAAUUUACGGGCCAAACUCGUGUUGAUUCAGAAGCCCACGGCAGCAGCAGUGACCAGCAUCCACGACUCCGCUGUCGGUGUGACGCAGCACAAGUGCGUUCCUCAAGAGGCUCCACGUGCCGGGAAGAGAAGCUGUGAGACCUAAGAUGCACCAGAAAUACUGGUCCUGAUUUCUGCACCCAAAAUUGAAAUCUACCACUGAAAUUAACAGAGAAGAAAUGAUAAAAUUUUUUCUUAUGGUUAACAAACAAGGUCAAACAAGACUGUCCAGGUAUUAUGAGCAUGUAGAAAUUAAUAAACGGACAAUGCUGGAAGCUGAAGUAAUCAAAAACUGUCUUUCCCGUUCGAAGGAUGAGUGCUCUUUUGUUGAGUAUAAGGACUUCAAGCUGGUGUACCGGCAGUAUGCAGCCCUCUUCAUAGUUGUUGGCAUCGACCAGACAGAGAAUGAGAUGGCAGUAUAUGAACUAAUUCAUAAUUUUGUGGAAGUUUUGGACAAAUACUUCAGCAGAGUGAGUGAAUUAGAUAUCAUGUUCAAUUUGGACAGAGUGCACAUCAUUUUGGAUGAAAUGGUGCUAAAUGGCUGCAUUGUGGAAACGAACCGGAACAGAAUUCUCGCCCCUCUGUUUGUCCUUGACAAAGUGGCCGAAGGCUAGGAAGAUGCAGGAGUGCCAUCUUACAAAAGAUGGCAAAAGCAUCAGGAAUGUGCCUAUAGCAGUUUUCUGCUGUUGCAAGACUGACUCAUGCAACAUCCAAAUUAGCUAGAAAAUAUUUUCCUUUUCUCUUAUACUCUCUCUACCCAGUGGGAAAGAUACAACUAAACAUGUGGAUGCAUUUGGAUCAAACUUCACUGACCCAGCAGAAAUCUUCCUAGAAUGGUCAAUAAUUAUAAAACCUUUUUUUGGAUCAAACAAUGGAAACUUACCAUGACUGACUAGGUAUCACUUGGAAUUAUGUAGUAUCAUGCCAGACCUAGAAGACAAAAUACAGAAAUAUAAAUUCAAACUGAGUUUCAGUUCUUCCCUUUAAGCACCAACUUAACUUAUUUUCAUACAAAUUUACUGUUAAUAAUAGUUCUAUGACUUUUAUACCUACUUUUAAACUAUAUUCAUCCUUCAUAAAAAAGCUGGUUUCCCUACCUUUGCCAUUCAAGUCAUUGACACAAAAAGAAAAGUACAGAUGUAUUAAGUAUUUCUGCAUACUCUGCAAGUUGUAACUGGAAUUAUUUAGCACUUAAAUAUUAUAAUAUUAAUAAAAGAUAAUUAAAAUCAGAAGUUUAAUGCUCUUUUGUCAUGUUUGCUUUAUAAAUUACACAGUAUCUUUUCUCUCUUGGCACACCAGUUUGUUUUUUUUUUCUCUUGUCUAUGCUAUCUAUGCAUCAAGAGCAAAACUCUUACAGAAGAUGAGUAAUAAAAGAUACAAUUCUCAGGACCAGGUGGGUACCAAAUGAAGUCUCCCUUCUUGAGCAGGAAGCCACAGCUACACUAAAUUGCAUUCCCAGGCAUCCAGUACGCUGAUUCACACUGCACACUACUCUGUCAGUCAGGGGACAGUUGGCAAUCUCAGCUUACUUCCACUUACCUUUCCAGAACUGCUAUCUGCCUCCUUCUUAACCUCCAGCCUAACCCUACACAUCACCUGAUACUGAAUAAGCAUAUUCUGUGUGAAAGCACAUACUGGUCACAUAAACAUCACUCAGAAACCAGGGUCUAAGGAGCAGAGUGUUGUGUGUGAGAAUAAUCCACAGGGCUUUCACACAGUAACACAUUUAUCAAAACAGGAUGAUGUUGGGACUGGAGCGGAGUUGCAUAAACCUGGAUACAGGUGUUUGUCUGAAGCACAACAGGCACAGGAGUGGGCAGGAUGGUGGAUAUUCCCCUCCAGUUCUGCAUUAGGGAAAAUCUAAAAAACAAUGCUGUAAAGUCCUACAGAAAAUGCCAUGAAAAAUAAUAUGGCACCAAUCUGAUGUGUAUGUGCAAGGCAGAAUCUUUUGGCAAGUCCACCUCAGCAGUGGCCUGAGAAGAGGAUGUUACCAAAGACAACCGGCACAAAGCAAAACUUAUUACGUAGAAUCAACCACAAUAGCUUUUUUUUUCUGGUAUCAACUACUUAAAAUCUUUAAAACCAUAUAUUGCUUUAUCUUACUGUAAGCCACUUUUCUUCCAAUAAAUAUCACGUGCUAACACCAAGACAGCUAGUCCAUCUCGAGUGAAGCUGAAUCAGCUGUAUCACCUGACCCAGAUUUUAUUCCACUGUAAUGAAGAACUGUAGUCUCAGGUCACAUAGGCUCACUGAAGAGCACCAAAACCUGCCACAUGCAGGUUAUUAGUGCCAGACUCAAGAAGUUCCACUCACUCUGAAAAGAUUUGAACACAGAGAUGAAUUUGUGAGCUCAGUAGUUCUCUUAUGUAGUUCUUUGAAACCUUUAAAAAAGCAUGGCACAUUGUUCAGAACAUGUACAGAGAUUUAGUGAGUACUAAGGAAGUAUUCAGAAGAGACAUUUUUAUAUGUUGCAAACAUUUUAAUGAUUACUUUUGAGCUUACACAUUGGGUGCUUUUUUUUUUUAAACUUCAAACUGCAACAAGUUAAAUAAAUGUUUAUAAUAUACAAAGAAAAUACAACCGAAAGUAAAACUUGCUUUAAGUGUGCCUUGCACUAGGAACCAGUGUUUUUUAAUAGCUUUAUUGUUGAGCUGCACAAACACACUUAAGGAUUUGAUCUUUAUAGCAGGGCAUUUUGAGAAAUCAAAAUAUAUUCCCACUUGAAAGAAAAAGAAGAA